UAAAUUAAAUGACAGACUAUUUUUGAUUGUGUUUGCUCUCUAGUAUAUAGUGCUGAUAACUUUUUACCCCUAUAUUCUAAGCAUUGACAUGAUACUUUCAUCAGAGAAUGUAAAAUAUAUAAUAAUCUACAUUCUCUGUAUUCAUAUCGUUAUGGUUUGUCUAGUAGGGGGAUCACUUUUGGCCGUAAUGUACAAAUUAUAGUUCAUGUUUUACAUCGCCAUUAAAACUAUAAUAGCCAUAGCUCCAAAACUGUUAGAAACAGCUGUUUAUUUGUUUACCUCGUUGCAAUUGAAGAAAGCAUGUCUUGAUUAUUUCUCAGGGAAGGAAGUAUAACAUUAUUAAUUAAGUUAAACGUUGUAAUGUCCCAUAGCGACCUUAAUAUAUUUUUAGAAUUUAGUGCUGGUGCUGAAUUGCUAUUUGGAAACAUUAAGCGACGGCAGGUAACGUUGAAAGGUGACGAAAAAUGGACCAUACGCAAGCUGCUCAAAUGGAUGCACGCCAAUAUUUUGACAGAGCGACCAGAAUUGUUCAUACAAGAUGAGUCGGUGCGCCCCGGUAUUUUGGUGCUUGUGAACGACACGGAUUGGGAGUUGCUUGGUGAAUUAGAGUAUGAAAUACAACCGAAUGACAACAUCCUGUUUAUUUCGACGCUACAUGGCGGAUAAGCGCGAAUCGUCCAUAGCAUUUAUUUAUAUACAUAUUACUUAAAUUUUAAUUUUUUGUUAAAAUAAACGAAACACUUUUUUAACCCAUA